AUGACACCCAUACUACAAACUAAAACGCCAUUGCACUUUAUCAACCCCGAUAAAGAUGCAUUGGUAGCUGAUUUUGUAGGAAAACCACUCAAUGCUCUGAGAACGCCCGCCUUCGUCGUGGACCGCGCGCUGUUCGCAAAGAACUGCAGGAAAAUGCACGAGAAUGCUAGAGAUUGGGGAGCGACAUUUAGAGGACACCUGAAGACACACAAGACAGUCGAGGGAACAAAGUUGCAGUUGAUUUCAAAUGUCGGCAGAGCUUCCGCCGUCGUUGUAUCGACACUCAUGGAGGCCUGGGGAGUCGUGCAAGGUGGUCUCGUAGCUGACGGCACAGUCAAAGAUCUUCUGUAUGGCCUUCCAGUUGGACUGAAUAAGUUGGAUGAUCUGUCUGCUCUCCAUGCUGAGAUGACAAAAUACGGCGGAACUGUCCGUAUUCUCAUAGACCAUUUAGAUCAGGUCAAAUUUCUGGAGGAGUACGAGAGGGCGCAAGAGCACCCGAAGAAAUGGUCUGUCUUUAUCAAGAUGAAUGGCGGUCUUCAGCGAGCCGGGAUACUUCCCGAGCCCGUAUCUUUCAAAGCAUUCAUGAGGAGGGUGUUUGCAUCCCCUGCAAUUUCGGUGUUUGGAUUUUACACCCACGCCGGGUACUCGUAUGCAUCGACAUCGCUGGAGCAAGCUACUUCGCAUUUAACAGGAGAAGUGCGUCUCACCAAUGACGCAGCGACCAUGGCCCUCGAAGUUCUGGCAGAUCCAUUCGUCCUUUCUGUAGGAUCCACUCCGACUGCUCUUAGCGCAAGUGCGGAAGCGAAGCUGAAGAUGACAUCGACGCUUAAUGGAACACUAGAGCUCCAUACAGGAAAUUACACCAUGCUCGAUCUCCAGCAGCUACAUACGACUUUGAUCGGUCGUCCACAAAUCUCCCAGAAAGUUUUGGCCACUGUCAUUUCAUACUACCCCGGAAGAGGAAGUGACGGUCUAGACGAAGCCAUGUGUGAUGCUGGUGGCAUAGCUAUGAGCAAAGACACGGGUCGUAUUCCAGGGUUCGGAGAGGUUAUUGGCAAGUCAUGGAAGCUAGGAAGGAUUUCGCAGGAGCACGGGAUACUGGUGCAAGUUCCCCCGGACCCAGAAUCAGGUCGUACAGAUUCUGCGUUGAGGGUAGGAGAUAUCAUCGAGAUUGUUGGGCAGCAUGCGUGUUUGAUAGCCGCUGCUCACUCGUGGUACUACGUCAAAGGAAGUGACAAAGUGGUUGACAUUUGGAUCCCAUGGAAGGGCUGGUAG